AGUUAAGAAAACAUAUGGACAUGGAGACGCCAGAUGUUAUAGCUGUUCCAUUUCCAUUUCAAGGUCACUUAAACCCUAUGCUUCAGUUCUGUUCUUCUUUAUCCGCCAGAGGCCUUAAAGUCACCUUGCUCCUCACACAUGGCGUAGCAAAGUCCAUGCAAUUCCCCCUUUCCCACUGCAGGGUGGAGCUCAUUUCCGAUGGCACCGACGCGGGCGAGCCGCCGCGCACCUUCCAAGAAUACCGCACUCGUCUGCAAGCCGCGGUUUCCGAGGGAGUCGCCGCCAUUAUUCAGAAGCAUCAGAAGGCCAAAGUUCUGGUUCAUGAUUCAAUCAUGUCGUGGCUUUUAGAGGUGGGCAGAGCGGCUGGGUUGCGCGUCGCUUCUUUUUUUACCCAACCCGCUGCGGUUUGUGCCAUCUAUCACCACAUGCUCUGUGGCACCGUCAAACAACACACUGCUUCUGAUUCUACGCUGCGUUUGCCUUCGUUGCCGGCGAUUAUGGAGUUCGCGGAUCUGCCUUCCUUCUCAUACUUCGGAGAUAUUGCUGAAGAAGUUACAGAUUUUACUAUCAAUCAGGCCUUCAACAUGCCCAAAGCCGACUGCUUUCUGAUCAACACAUUUGACUCCCUAGAAGAGCAGGUAGUGAAGUGGAUGGCGGAAAAAUGGGCGGUGAAGACCAUAGGACCUUUGGUCCCAACAAUAGACAAGACAUUGAAGGGCGGAAAACAUGAUAGAAUUGACCUAUUUGAGUUGGAUAGUGAAAGCUACUUGAAAUGGCUAGACAUUAGAGAACCCAAGUCUGUGGUUUACGUAUCAUUUGGAAGUGUUGUGGUGAUGUCAGAAGAGCAAAUGGAGGAAAUAGCAUGGGGAUUGGCUCAAUCAAACAAAUACUUCAUAUGGGUGGUUAGAGAAUCUGAAUUGGUUAAACUCCCUAAACAUUGUAACUUCAAAACAACUGAGAAGGGUAUCAUUGUAAAAUGGUGUCCUCAAAUUGAAAUUUUAUCACACGAAGCAGUUGCGUGCUUUAUGACUCAUUGUGGAUGGAAUUCCACACUGGAAGCAUUGUGUUUGGGUGUGCCGAUAGUUGCUAUGCCCAAUAUUGCAGAUCAAUCAACUAAUGCCAAGCUGAUUGAGGAUGUUUGGAAGGUAGGUAUUCGAGUUAAGGUGAAUGAGAAGGGAAUCAUUACAAGACAAGAAAUCCAAAUUUGUAUAAAGCAAGUGAUGGAGGGAGAGAAAGCUAAUGAGUUUCAAAGAAAUGUAAUAAAAUGGAAAGGAUUGGCAGAAGAAGCAACAAGUGAAGGUGGAAGUUCCGAUGUGAAUAUCAAAGAUUUCAUCUUUCAAAUGGCUUAUGGCAAAUAAAGGCAAAAGUUGUAAUAUGAUAUGGAUAUCUUUUUUUUUUUUUUUUUUUUAAUUUUUUUUUUGGUGCUCUUCAAAUAUGUUAAAGAAAGUAUAAAUGGAUAUAUACUACAAUAAUAUGAAUAUAUCUUAAAGAACCGUAUAUAUACUAAAUACCCUUAACUAAGCUAGUCAGCUCCUUAUUAAUUACAUUUUGACGUGUAAUAUGUAAAUUUAUUAUUAACUUAAAAUGAUGUCUGUCAGUUUAGAUGAUAAAAUAUUUUUCUUUUUUAAUUAGGGAGUAACUAAUAAAGGAUUAAAUGUUAAUAAUUGUACGUCAAAGACCUUGUGUCAAGCAGCAUGUGUUCACGCUUUUUCAGAUCCGUCAUGACCAUCUUUCUACACUUCGCACUAUAUAAAAAGAAUUUGUCAAAAGAACUAGAGGAACAAUUCGUCAAAGAAAACGAAA